ACCGUUCAUUGAAUAGUCAAGAGGCGAGGGGAGCAGAUUUACUCAAGCAACUAGGCGGCGCUAUUUGCAUCUGUCGACUGCACUCGCACCGCGUGUUUUCAGACUUGAAAUGGACAACAUGAAGCAAGAAGAGCCCGAAACCAGCGUGAAAGCCCAGGCCCGAUGUUGCUCUUUAGCCUGGAAGUACUUCAUCAAAAACGAGGACGAUGGCACUGUUUAUUGCAAGCUGUGCAAAACGAACUUUAAGUUCUGUUCAAAUACAGCUAAUAUGAUUAAACACCUCAGAGUGAAACAUCGACUGAUCCUCCCCACAACCGCAUACGGGGCUGAAAGACUCUUUGCGGAAGAUCCGGAGCACAGCAGCAUCGAUAUGGAUCCUCCACCUCAAAGGUUUCCUGGAAGUCUUGGCACACCAAACCUUAAGAGAAAAAUUGAUCGUUUUUUGCCCUUUUCUGAUCGACGCACAUCAAAAGUGUGGAACCACUACACUCAGUUAAGUUUGCACCGUGUUGAGUGUAAUCAUUGUAAGAGACAGCUUUCCUUUCACAACAGCACCACUUCCAUGAGAGAACACAUAGGACGCAAACACGGCAUUUGGGAAGGAGCAGCACCACCUCACAACACAGCAGGAAUCCCCACCCCUACUUCCUUACAUCCUCAUAUGGUUCAGAACACUUUACAUCAUAACAGAUUAACAGCAUGUAACACCACAGGGAAUGUGCUGACUGCUGUAUUUCAGCCAAUGCUACCUGUUACUGUCAAAGAGGAACAGCAAGAGGUACUGCUUCCUGAGAUGGGGGAGACCAAGCCUGCUCGGAUCUCAUGUGCCCCAGGCUUUGGUGGAGGCAGUACCUCUAGUUCUAAUGCUGUUCCCCACCAAGUGAGCUGCCUAAUGUAUAAUUUUUCUUCAGGGGAGAUUAACAGCACAGCUGAAAGCCGUGGCAACUGCAGUGACGCAAAAGGCUGCACUAACAAGCGAGCUGAGGUGUUAACUGAUCUUAUCUUGGAGAUGAUAUUUAGAGAUCUUCAGCCAUUGUCUGUGGUGGAAGAAAGGGGAUUCAGACUCUUGCUGGGUUGCUUAGAGCCUAAAUAUUCUGUGCCUUCUCCAUCUCUACUUGGCAGCCUACUUUGGCAUCGCUACCAUAAUCUUAAACAAUACCUUCAGCAGCAUCUUAAGACUGGACUGGCCUCUCACUGUUUGGCACUCUGCACUGAACACUGGCAAUCUGUAGAAGGAUGUGGGGUUGGAGGAGAUGGUCAGUCCUACCUUACGGUCAGUGCACAUUUUGUAGAUGCUCAUUGGCGCCUGGCACGUUGUGUGCUUGAGACACGGCCAAUACCAGAAUUCAGUGGUAAUGGAUCUGGAAUAGGGCAUGCUCAUUUUGUGGACACAUUGAGAGCAAUACUUUCUGAGUUCCAACUUCCAGAGAAUUUUGUGUUCUGUGUUGUGCAUGACAGUCCCUCUGGAACAGAGGCCAGGGGGCAAGAGAAUAUUGCCAUUGAUCCAGAAUAUCAACAAGAAUUUGCUGGACCCAGCCACCCUCCUCCUAGUAAUCUUCCUGAGGGUUGGGCACCUCUACUUUGUGCAGGACAGGCUCUGAAGCUCUGUGUCCAGGAGGGGCUUUGGGUUGAGACCGUCAGACAAGCUCUUGCGGAUGCUCGGGGCAUCGUCUUACAUUUCCAGCAUAAUGUGAAUGCUGCUACAGCUCUGAGCCAGAAAGCAGAGGCUGUUAGUAAAGAAUCAGCAAACCUUGUGUUGAAUGACCCCGAACGCUGGACCACUGCCAUUGAGAUGUGUGAGAGUCUACUGGAUCUCAAAUGGGUGAUAAGCUCAGUAUUAGAAGAGCAAAAAGUAGCACCGAACCUGGCAGAUCAUCAGUGGCGCCUUAUACACGAACUUGUCCCCGUGCUUAAGACUGUCCGCAUUGCAGCAUCGUUUCUGUGCGAGGACAUCAAUGGCCCGAUUUCUGCCCUAAUGCCAUGCCUCCAAGGAGUGUCCCGGCUCCUUGGACAGAAAAUUGCAGAGUGUAGCUGUCCAGUGGUGAGGGGAGUUAUGGAGAGAAUUCGUGCUGGAAUGGACAAACGCUGGAGUCUGAGUGAUGAAGAUGCUCUUCUGGACAGCCAUGCUGCGCUGUCCUCAUUUCUGGACCCACGUUUUAAAGAGUUGCGGUUUCUUAGCCCACACGCCCGCAGCAAGCUGCAUGACAAGGUGAAAGAGCUGCUUUCGGCUCAAGCUUACACAAGUGAAGAAGAAAGGAGCGGAGAGAGGGUACAAAGUAUGGAAAUGGAAGACUGUGUGGAUGAAAGAGGAGAACCUCCAAUUUUUGAGUUGGAUGAUCCCAUGCCAAUGCCUGCGAUGGCUUCUUUGGACUCACCUGAAUCAUGUGGCUCAGCAGAGGAGGGUGACAGCAUUGAGUUUCAGCCAUGCAAGCCCUCUGUUGCUGUGUCAUCUCCAGAACAGGUAAAUGCACUUGAUGUUGGUUCGCCCAUCAGCAGUCGUACUAGAAGAAGAAUCAAUAGAAGACCUUCUAGUGGGACUACUCUGACAUCGUCAUUGAGAGGAGAUUUACAGCUCAAUGCUCGCACACGAAAGAGUCCUAUUCCCCAGAGUAUGUAUGACAUUCUUUUGGGGGAGGACCCCACUGAAAGAAUGCCUGAGAUUCACCAGCAGCUGGAAAAUUACAUUGCAGAGCCCCUUUGUAAACGUAGCCUCUCACCACUGCAAUGGUGGUGCAACAAGGAACACCGGUUUCCUGCUGUGGCUAGAUUGGCAAGAAAAUAUCUAUCCAUACCGGCUACUGCCGUUUCUGCAGUUCAAGCCUUUGCUCCAAGAGACUCUCCAGUGACCCAAAGAAGGGCCACAUUGGGAUCUAAACAUCUUGACCAUAUUUUAUUUCUUCAUCAGAACGCUGAUUAUGUAGAUCAGCUAAAAGGUGGCACCUCUGGACUGGAAACUGACCAGAGGAAUGCUGUAAGUGGGAACCAAAGCAGAGACAAUCUUUACCAGACUCUUGUUUCCUAUGAAAGUAAGACGAAUGUGUCUGAUGAGGAAUCAUGAUCACGGUUUAUGUAUAUAUGGACAAGGUCAUACUGACAGUUCUAUUGUCAGAAUGGAGGUAGAAAUUUGCAUUUGAACACAAGAAGGCUUUGUCUUAUGCCACAAAAUAAGCUCCUUUUAAUAUACUGCUUAUCUGAAAUGAGAGUUGUAGUGAGAUAUGAAUACAAUCAAGCUACACUGCUGUAUUAAUAAGCUUUGAAGUACCUAAUGGUGAUUCCUUGUACAAGGAGCUAGUGACAUUUAAUAUAGUCUGGUCUCUAAGAUAUCUGAGGAUUUGUGUAGUCAUUGUCUUGUGACUAAUCUAGAUAAUGUUUGACUAAAUCAGUGAUUGUAAACCACCUGUAAUGCAUUACAUGAUUAUUAUAUGUUGUUACAUGGUUAAAUUCGGAAUAUAAUGUUACUUUAAUAUUGUCACUUUAUAGUGUUGUAAGCAUUACAUGGAAUCCAUUGUCAAGCUUGUGCAUGCAUUUCAACAUCAUCGCUUCCUCCUUAAAUAUUUAUGAUUGUUAUGUACUAGGGCUUCACAACUUUCAAUUUGUACUUGUCACUGUUACUCCACACACACUUGGCUUGUAUGUAAACACUCCAAUUGAACUCCAUUAACAAAUUAACCUUCUCUGAUAUCCACAUCGCCCGUGUGGUUUGAUUAUAACAUGCUUUAUUAACACAAUGUGCUAAGUGUCCACUUUCUUUUAUACUUUUAUAUUUUGAGUAAUCCUAAAUGUAUUUGGCCAUUACAGUUUACUAUUCAAAGCUAUUAACACACAGCUACACAGAGAAAAGCUUUGUGGACAGAGGAAUUAUCUUCCUGCUGUCACCAUAUAUAUAACAAGCGCAACUGGCAUAGGUGCAACUAGGGCUGGGUAUCGAGUUCAAUACAUUUUAGGCACCGACCGAAUUCCCUCUAAACAAUCGAGAAUCAAAAAAUGUCUUUUCGUUCGGUACCAAAUUUCAAUAUAUCCCUAUAGAUGUAAAAGAUGUGGAAAAGAUAAAAAGUGUGGCUACAUUUCACCAGGCUUGAUGCCAACAGCACGCGAUGCAAUAUUUGCGACAAGAUAAUUGCUGCCAAGACCGGCAACACAACAAAUCUGAUGAAGCACUUGACAGUGCACUGAAUAAAAUUAAGAGCAGAAAGUUGCUCCAUCUUAGACUGCAAGAAGACCGAGCCAGUGCAGUUAUCCUCUCAGCGUCCUGACACAGAGCUUCCUUGAACAUGCCCACCACACGAGUCCUACAAAUGACUGAUGAAUGCAGCUGCGCUAUGACUGGGACUCUGACAGGUAUGGUUAACGUUUAGCAAAAAAAACAACAAACAAAAUCAUCUAACUUGUAGUGGUACAUGCUUGUGUACUUGUUAAAUUAACAUUUCUGUGCACGGUGACAUAGUCCUAUAAACUGGAACCUACAUAACGUUAGAUAUUGUUUGGAUGUAUGGCUGUAUGUGUAUGUGUGUUAAUAAUUUAUUUGCAUACAAAAAAGUAUCAUGAUCAGUUUUCUGGUUGUGUCUGAUGAUGACAAUGAGUCAGGUUACCGCAGAAACCGUUGAGAGCGGCAAGCCCGGUGAAAAAGAAAAUUGAGGACAUUGAGAAAAAAACCCAACAUGGAUAAAAAAAACGGUGGAGCAGUGAAGAUUUUGUGCCCAGGGGCCUCUGUUUUCUAAAUCCGUGCCUGCUCGGGAGUUGAGUCUUUGAGUCUGGAAAAAAAAAGUCAAAUCCAAAGUUUUGGAAAAAGUAUUGUUUAGGAACCGAGAUCAAGAUAUUUCUUGAACGAUACCCAACCCACAAUUAUGAACUUGGAAAUGAGGUACUGGUUGACUUUUUGCUACUUGCAACAGUGGACUUCAUCCUUCACAGUGUACUCUAUAGGCUGCAUGUACAUAUUAAAGUGUUUUAUCAAAUAUUUUGGAGUCUGGACAUUACAGAUGGAAAUUGUUUUUAUUUUGUUUAACAAUACAAUAUUAAAAAUGGAACAUAACUAAACACCUUACAAUAUAUAAUAAACAUUAAAACUCAACAAU